AUGGGCGCAGUAUUAUCACUGUCCCCUGCAUCCAGGAAGAACAGCUACUACGACACGCGGCCCGGUUCCCUCAACCACUACCCGAGCCUGAGCAGCCGAUCGCUCAACACUCAGAAAGAUCACACCGGUGGCCUGAAACGGGGCCAGUCAAUCUUCCUCCCGGCGCUCACCUGGAAACGCCUGGUUGCCACCACCAAGAAACGAGGGAGCUCUAAGAAAUGUUCUGGGGGCCCGGGGUUGCUCGGAGACCCCCUCAACAACAACAACAACAUCUACCAGAAGGACCCGAUGUUGCAUCUCAACCAGGAGAAUGUCAAGAAAUCUCUAUCCUGUGCCAACCUCUCCAGCUACAACAGGCCAGCAGGACAAGGCCUGGGGAUAGGCUUCGGCCAGGGGCACUGUAGCUAUGAGAUGGGUAUUAAACCCCAGCAGCUACCCUCCGUCAAGAAGGUGCCCCAUCAAGGAAUGGGCGCUUCGUCCCCCAAGCGCGUCAUCAUCCAGGCGUCCACUAGUGAACUCCUCCGCUGUCUGGGUGAGUUCCUGUGUGGCCGCUGCUAUCGGCUGAAGCACCUCUCCCCGGCAGACCCGGUGCUGUGGCUGCGGGCGGUGGACCACUCUCUACUCCUCCAGGGCUGGCAGGACCAGGCCUUCGUGACGCCGGCCAACGUAGUGUUUGUCUACAUGCUGUGUCGAAAUGUGGUGGAUGGGGACCUGGUGGCGUCGGAGCACGAGCUUCAGGCCACGCUGCUCACCUGCCUCUACCUUUCCUACUCCUACAUGGGCAACGAGAUCUCCUACCCACUGAAGCCUUUCCUGGUGGAGGCUGGCAAAGAGGCGUUCUGGGACCGAUGCCUUGCCAUCAUCGACACCACCAGCGCCAAGAUGCUGCGCAUCAACGCCGAUCCCCACUUCUUCACCCAGGUGUUUGCCGAGCUGAAGAGUGAGGGGGGCUGCGGCCCACAGGACUACAGCUGCAUACUGGACCGGUGAGAGGAGGGGUAGAGGGGUACAACCCCCCCCAAUCCCCAUCUCCAUGUCCACCCCCCCCCCCCCCCUCUCUGCCAAACAACCCCCCUAAUCCCCCCCCCCCCCCCCCCCACCCCCCCCUGCCAAACAACCCCCCCAAUCCCCAUCCCCAUGUGUCCCCUACAUCCAAGCAUGUAACACAAGGGGGAUGGAACCUACUGGCCUAUUAUGACUGUGGUCUGUAUGGUCACUGACACGGUUGGAUCAUUCCAUCAGCUGCUUGUCAUGCCCCCCCCCCCAUUAUCUUACGGCAGUGGUAUUCAACGCUGACCCUACGAGGUCCGGAGCCUGCUGGCUUUCUGUUCUACCUGAUCAUUAAAAUUGCACCCACCUGGUGUCCCAGGUCUAAACCAGUCCCUCAUUAGAGGGGGCUUUGAGGUCCAGAGUUGAUUUGGAGGGUGUUAUGGUAUAUCCCUAGACACUGUUUUAUCUAUGAGCCAUCCAUAUUACAACAGGGGGGAAACUGUUGCCCCCUAAGACACGAUCAGAAAUUGGCAUGUGUCAUCAAUAGGGUUGGGGCCUUUAUGUUGUGUUUUCAACACAAGCCCUUCUGUGUUUUACGGAAGACACCUGAUUUUACUUGAAUUACUUUUUAGCCCGCCUGUCCUUGGUGACCCCACUCUCACCUCUUGAGUCUCGGUGAGCUGGGGGAAAAUAAACUGAAAUCCUCCCCCCUCCUCUACCCCCUCUCCACCCUCCCUCUCCUCCCUCUCUCCCCCCUCCCCUCUCCACCCUCUACCACAGCCAAUACUCCCUAUCUGAAUGUGAUCGCUACAUCUGUUUACAUGGGUCAGUUGUUAGUGUCAGAUCAACAACAUGCAGAGUCAGGUCAGAGGUUAUAAAAAGUGAUUGGUUGGGUCACUAACAACCCAAGGGAAUGGCAUUUCAUUGUUACCUAAAAGAUCAUGGACAUAAUUACUUAUAAAUAGAUGAGUUUGAUAGAACUCAACAGAUCCAACUAUUUCCUAAAUAGUGCACUACUUUUGACCAGGGUCCCAUAGGAAUAGGGUGUCAUUUGGAAUAGGGUGUGAUUUGGAACGCCUGUAGGGUGCAGGGCCGUUUGUCUCUAACUCUCCAGCUAUCAUUUCAUGUAAGGGGUCUCCUGGUGGAGGCAAAGUACGCCCUUAUUUUGUGUGUGUGUGUGUGUGUGUGUGUGUGUGUGUGUGUGUGUGUGUGUGUGUGUGUGUGUGUGGUGUGUGUGUGUGUGUUGUGCAGUGGGUAGCGAGUGAGGGUCAUCAGCUGUUUACCCCGUCAGUCUUUUGUUCCCCGGCUGUGCCUGUCACCAGGGCACCUGCCCACUGCUGCUGUGGCAUUAACGAGAUUACCUCUCCUCCUCCUCUCCUCCUUCGCGCCUCCCUUCUUACUCUGGCACCACCCUCCUCCUCCUCUCCUCCUUCGCGCCUCCCUUCUUACUCUGGCACCACCCUCCUCCUCCUCCUCUCCUCCUCCUCGCCUCCCUUUUUCCUCCAGCCCCACCCCCUCCAUCCCCCUCUAGUCUACUGUACAGCCCCACCCCCUCCAUCCACCUCUGUCCCCCUCUAUUCUACUGUACAGCCCCACCCCCUCCAUCCACCUCUGUCCCCCUCUAUUCUACAGUACAGCCCCACCCCCUCCAUCCACCUCUGUCCCCCUCUAUUCUACAAUACAGCCCCACCCCCUCCAUCCACCUCUGUCCCCCUCUAUUCUACAAUACAGCCCCACCCCCCUCCAUCCACCUCUGUCCCCCUCUAUUCUACAAUACAGCCCCACCCCCUCCAUCCACCUCUGUCCCCCUCUAUUCUACAAUACAGCCACACCCCCUCCAUCCACCUCUGUUCUAGACACAUCUGUACCUAGAUGUUCAGUAACUGGCUGGCCUAGGCUUUAACUACACACACACACACAGACACACACACACACACACACACACACACACAAGUCCUCGGCUGCCAUGAAGCAGCUUCUAGGGACUCAAAGGGCACCCUAUAACGUUUAUAGUGCACUACUUUUGACCAGGGCCCAUAGGGUAGUAGUGCACUACAUAGGGAAUAGAGUCCCAUUAGGGACACAACCACUGCCUUGUUGUUUAGCUCUUUACAACAUGAAGCCUUUCUGGUUCACACAUUUUUAAUCUAGGUCGUGUGCCAAUGUGUUAGUGUGUGUCUGUCAGGACCAGACCAGAGGCCAGAGGGUUGUGUUUUCUCUGUCUACAAGCUGUGCACAUACACAUCUAUUUAUCUUGGUUUCCCAAAAAAAAAUGUUUAAAAAAAAAUAAAAUAUAUGAACAAAGUAAAAGUAACAGACAAAAGAGAAUUUGAAUGUUAAAAUGUUAAAAUCCCCUUCAUUGGGUCAAGACCCUACAUUACAUCAACCUUCAGACGUCAUCUACCACCGCAGUCAUAAUAGCAGCCUGUAAGAAAAACGUUUUUAGAGGGUUUAAAAAGACAGAUCCCCCUCAUCAUCCACCGAGCACCAAGACCUAUGAGGGUCCCAUGUCUGGAUGAGGAGCCUAAGGUUCCCCACCAAUCUGUUAAUGUCUGGAUGAGGAGCCUAAGGUUCCCCACUAAUCUGUUAAUGUCUGGAUGAGGAGCCUAAGGUUCCCCACCAAUCUGUAUAAGGACGUUUGGACCCACUCAUUACCUACUGGCCAAUGACAGACUGUUAGACUGCUAAUGAGCAAAACAACCGCUACAGCAUGAAAGACAGUCUGGUGUGUAGAAUGUAGAAAAACACCUAGACAUGGGGAGGCGUCCCAAAUGGCCCAUAGGGUUCAUUGGACCAGUAGGGCGCUGGUCAAAAGUAGUGCACUAUGUAGGGAGUAGGGUGCCAUUUAGGCCCUACAAUACGAACGUAAAGGGAGAGUUACACCUGCUGUCCUCUCGUGACAGGGCAAGCGUCUUACUCAGACAGAUGCUGUUAGAUCUGGUUGCAAAACAACCUCUCUGUCUCUUCACUCUGAUCCUGGCUGAGAGUGCUAUGGGUUGCUGUCAGUUAAUAGAACCAAGGUGACUGAGCUGCUGUCCUAGGCCUAGAGAACAUGUUUCAGGGUCAGAGAUGCUUCUCUCCUGCCCAGACGGGUGGUAGGUGGCCUAGAGAACAUGUUUCAGGGUCAGAGAUGCUCCUCUCCUGCCCAGACGGGUGGUAGGUGGCCUAGAGAACAUGUUUCAGGGUCAGAGAUGCUCCUCUCCUGCCCAGACGGGUGGUAGGUGGCCUAGAGAACAUGUUUCAGGGUCAGAGAUGCUCCUCUCCUGCCCAGACGGGUGGUAGGUGGCCUAGAGAACAUGUUUCAGGGUCAGAGAUGCUCCUCUCCUGCCCAGACGGGUGUUAGGUGGCCUAGAGAACAUGUUUCAGGGUCAGCGAUGCUCCUCUCCUGCUCAGACGGGUGGUAGGUGGCCUAGAGAACAUGUUUCAGGGUCAGCGAUGCUCCUCUCCUGCCCAGACGGGUGGUAGGUGGCCUAGAGAACAUGUUUCAGGGUCAGAGAUGCUCCUCUCCUGCCCAGACGGGUGGUAGGUGGCCUAGAGAACAUGUUUCAGGGUCAGAGAUGCUCCUCUCCUGCCCAGACGGGUGGUAGGUGGCCUAGAGAACAUGUUUCAGGGUCAGAGAUGCUCCUCUCCUGCCCAGACGGGUGGUAGGUGGCCUAGAGAACAUGUUUCAGGGUCAGAGAUGCUCCUCUCCUGCCCAGACGGGUGGUAGGUGGCCUAGAGAACAUGUUUCAGGGUCAGAGAUGCUCCGCUCCUGCCCAGACGGGUGGUAGGUGGCCUAGAGAACAUGUUUCAGGGUCAGAGAUGCUCCUCUCCUGCCCAGACGGGUCUCUCCUCCACCCUCUCACCCCCUCCUCCUCUCUCCUCCCUCCUCCCUCCUCCUCUCACCUCCCCCCUCUCACCGCCUCCUCCUCUCACCUCCCCCCUCUCACCCCCUCCUCCUCUCUCCUCCUCCUCUCCCUUAUCCCUUUCUUUCCACACACUCAACUGUUGUUUCCUGGCUGUUUCCAUUUGAUUGGAUUUUCAACCCCAUUUUGAAGACAGGAGCAGAUAGAAUGGUGGUGUUUGUUGGCCAGACACACAGAGCCUUAGUGAUGUUGUUCUAUGGCCUCUUUCUAUGGUGCUGUGUUGUAUAAUAUACUGUCUGUAGAGGGGAUAGGGAUUAGGUUGUAUUAUAUACUGUCUGUAGAGGGGAUAGGGAUUAGGUUGUAUUCUAUACUGUCUGUAGGGGUGAUAGGGAUUAGGUUGUAUUAUAUACUGUCUGUAGAGGGGAUAGGGAUUAGGUUGUAUUAUAUACUGUCUGUAGAGGGGAUAGGGAUUAGGUUGUAUUAUAUACUGUCUGUAGAGGUGAUAGGGAUUAGGUUGUAUUCUAUACUGUCUGUAGGGGUGAUAGGGAUUAGGUUGUAUUCUAUACUGUCUGUAGGGGUGAUAGGGAUUAGGUUGUAUAAUAUACUGUCUGUAGAGGGGAUAGGGAUUAGGUUGUAUUAUAUACUGUCUGUAGGGGUGAUAGGGAUUAGGUUGUAUUCUUUACUGUCUGUAGGGGUGAUAGGGAUUAGGUUGUAUUAUAUACUGUCUGUAGGGGUGAUAGGGAUUAGGUUGUAUUAUAUACUGUCUGUAGGGGUGAUAGGGAUUAGGUUGUAUUCUUUACUGUCUGUAGGGGUGAUAGGGAUUAGGUUGUAUUCUAUACUGUCUGUAGGGGUGAUAGGGAUUAGGUUGUAUUCUAUACUGUCUGUAGGGGUGAUAGGGAUUAGGUUGUAUUCUUUACUGUCUGUUGGGGUGAAAGGGAUUACAUGUGGGUCAUAGUAUUGGGAGAGUUUUGCUUCCACCAGGAGCCUUCUAGUUAAGUCAUGUACUCCUCAUGUAAUAUUAUUGCGUCUUUCAGGGAAAUCGUAAAAUGAUGUUUCAUGAGUAUGUACGACCUUAGAGCCACAUCCCAAUCAGGCCCAUACAGGUUACAGCUAUGGGACUACCCUGUUGUCCAUGACAACCACAAACUCACUGAAUGGCAGUAGUUCAUGGAGAUAUAGAGAGAGACACAGAGGCCCUGUAGACGCUUCAGUUUAAUUCUGUUAUCAUGUCAUUAUAAUGUGACAUCCACCUUGACCCUGUCCACCCUCACCUUAAGAAGAUUACCCCUUAUCUCAUUUACCUCCACCAACCCAAACAAAACCUUGAGCUGGAUCAUAUCACUGUUCAUCCAAUCUUAUGCCUAAACGGGGACCUUUCACUCUGUUUCCAACCAAUCAUAUCAUACUACUCCCAACAGGAACUGUGACUAUCUGUCCAAUCAAAUACCUCAGGAGAACCCUGGAACUCGGUUUAACUGUUGGAUGAAGCUACUGAUUGGCCGACUGGAUAUUUCUAGCCACCCCAUUGGUCAAGGGAUUCUCCUUCACUACAAAUGGACUGAAUAUUGGAGCCUCAACCAGGAAUAAAACAGGAGACUUGGACCCUACGCCUAUUCUAUGAAUUACAUGGAUGGGAAUGGAAUUCAAGUGAAGACUAUUGUACCUUCCAGAAUAUUUCAGCUGGGGCAGACCUUAGUUUGGCCUAAUGUGAGCUUUGGUUUUUGGGGCAUAUGAGGCGUAGGUCUAAAUCACCGUUGCUCUGUGAGUUGUGGUGAACUUGUUAUCUCAGUGUGUUUCGCUGCUACAGUAUGUUGAAGUAGAAUUUCAAUGGCACACCUAUAACAGUCUGUCUAAGUGCAGAUUUAAAGGUGUAGUUCAAAUUACAUAUUGGUUUGAACUAUCCCGUUUAAAAGGAAGUAGAAAAUUGUACGGUGUAAAUAUGUUGCUGUGUGACCAAAUGAACCGACGACAGGAAAAACAAAACAAAACACAGGUCAUGUCUAGCUACCUGUGGUGGUGUGCAUGCCAGCCAGAUAGACUAGGGGCCUCUAUUCAAUCAGAUCCACUUUUUUUGUUUUGAUUAGCUUAUUCUACACAACGUUAAUGUGUUUUUCUAUGUGCAUUUUAUUUCCUUAACUUAAAUCAGUUCAUCCCUAGUCGUGGGAGAAGAUCUGAUGUCAAACAGUAUUAGUUUGUAAUUAAUGUCAUGAUGACUGUUAUAAUUAUAACUGCAACUUUUUAAAGUAUUAUUAUGGUUGUGGAUGUUAUAUUACUGAAUGACAGAGAAUCUACAGUACUCUGGUUUUGUUAUGAUGAACCUUUUGUCUUUAACAUCCUGAAGCAUGUGAAAUCACACGACCAAUGAUGACAUAGUUUUUGUCACACGUUUCCACCGCCGCUAUGUCUUAGUGCACGACUAGAAGUCAGACACAGUUUUAUUUUACACCACACCGUCUCAACAUGGUAGAUGUGAUUUAAAAGUGGUGGUAUAAUUGGUGUCAUUUUGAUGGUAAGGUGGGUCAGGAGGGAGGAUGAUGAGUCUGAGAGGCUGGGCAUGCGUCACAAAUGGCACCCUAUUCCCUUUAUAGUGCACUACUUUUGACCAGAGCCCUAUAGGGAAUAGGGUGCCAUUUGGGAUUCAUCCCUAGCCUUCUAUAGGAAGGAAUUGUCUCACAUUUGUGCCUGUCUCACUUCCUCUGAGGAUUCUUGUGAAGCAGGGGCGGGUAAAUCUUCUCACGGCAACAUCACAGAGACAAAAGCACUGCCAUUUUGUAAAGGCUACUGUGUGUAUAUCAAAUUAUGAAUCAAUGGUGAAGCCUCAUCAAUGGGAUCAAUGGUGAAGCCUCAUCAAUGGGGUCAGUGGUGAAGCCUCAUCAAUGGGAUCAAUGGUGAAGCCUCAUCAAUGGGGUCAGUGGUGAAGCCUCAUCAAUGGGGUCAGUGGUGAAGCCUCAUCAAUGGGGUCAGUGGUGAAGCCUCAUCAAUGGGAUAAUAAUAAUAUGCCAUUUAGCAGACGCUUUUAUCCAAAGCGACUUACAGUCAUGUGCGCAUACAUUUUUACGGGAUCAAUGGUGAAGCCUCAUCAAUGCAACAACAUAUGAUGAAUCGGGGCACAGAUAGUCACAGGCAGGCGGCUCCAAACAAGCACCUCCGGUCCUCACCCUCGUCUUAACCAGCAGCACUGCAACUUAUCGACGUCUCAGAUUGUUUCCAAGGCUACAUUAUACUUCUGUUUGAUACUCUGUGAAAGGAAAAUAGUCUUAGAACAAAACCUAAACAAAAGACUGUCUGAAUGAUUAGUGUGUUGAGUUAGAGACUCACCUGUUGCCAAGCCUCUCACAGACCUGUGUCCUUCAGUCUCUCACUGUUGAUGCCACCCAUACCCUUACCCCAGGUUUCCAUGGUUACCUGCCGCUGGCACUGACAAUGGCAUUGGAAGAAAUUAAAAUGAAUUGAGCCCUGAGUGACUUUUGUAAAGCCACCUCAUGUAUGUCUAAUACUGUUUUAUGUUUCCUUUCAUUACGAUGAUGAUGAUGAUGAUUAUUUAAUAAAGUAUUGAGGUGAUAUACCUAUCCUGUGAUGGUAACAUUAUUUUUAGAUGGCUUAAGAGCUUUAUACUGUAUCCCCUCUCUCUGACUCACACACCACCAUAUUCUCCCAGUUCCCUUGAUAUACUCUGCCUGUCUGGACCCAGCACCGGCCUGGCCAACAUUAUAUACUCUGCCUGUCUGGGCCCAGCACUGGCCUGGCCAACAUGAUAUACUCUGCCUGUCUGGGCCCAGCACUGGCCUGGCCAACAUGAUAUACUCUGCCUGUCUGGGCCCAGCACUGGCCUGGCCAACAUGAUAUACUCUGCCUGUCUGGGCCCAGCACCGGCCAACAUGAUCUACUCUGCCUGUCUGGGCCCAGCAACCGCCAACAUGAUAUACUCUGCCUGUCUGGCCCAGACACGGCCAACAUGAUAUAACAUCUGCCUGUCUGGGCCCAGCACCGGCCAACAUGAUAUACUCUGCCUGUCUGGCCCAGCACACGCCAACAUGAUAUACUCUGCCUGUCGGGCCCAGCACCGGCCAACAGAUACUCUCCUGUCUGAGCCACACCGCCAUAAUACUCGCCUGUGAGCCCACACGGCCACAUGUAUACCUGCCGUCUGGCCCACCCGCCAAACAUGAUAUCUCGGGCCUGUCGGGCCCAGCACCGCCAAAAAUGAAUUAGCCCGGGUCUGGCCAUCAGACGGCCAACAUGAUAUACUCUCCUUUUCUGGCCGCACCGCCGGCACAUGAUAUACUCUGCCUGUCUGGGGCCAAGCACCGGCCAACAUGAUAUACCUGCCUGCCUGGGCCCAGCACCGGCAACAUGAUAUCUCUCUGUCUGGCCCAGCACCGGCCACAUGUUUAUACUACCUCCUGUCUUGCCCAGCACAGCCAACAUAUAUCUCUGCCUGUCUGGGCCCAUCCCGCCAACAUGAUAUACUCUGCCUGUCUGGGCCCAACACCGGCCGCCAACAUGAUAUACUCUGCCUGUCUGGGCCCAGCCCGCCCGGCCAACAUGAUAUACUCUGCCUGUCUGGGCCCAGCACUGCCCGGCCAACAUGAUAUACUCUGCCUGUCUGGGCCCAGCCCGCCUGGCCAACAUGAUAUACUCUGCCUGUUUGGGCCCAGCACCGGCCCAACAUGAUAUACUCUGCCUGUCUGGGCCCAGGCCCAGCACUGGCCAACAUGAUAUACUCUGCCUGUCUGGGCCCAGCACCCGGCCAACAUGAUAUACUCUGCCUGUCUGGGCCCAGCACUGCCGGCCAACAUGAUAUACUCUGCCUGUCUGGCCCAGCACCGGCCUGGCCAACAUGAUAUACUCUGCCUGUCUGGGCCCAGCACCGGCCACAUAUAUACUCUGCCUGUCUGGGCCCAGCACCGGCCUGGCCAACAUGAUAUACUCUACCUGUCUGGGCCCAGCACCGGCCUGGCCAACAUGAUAUACUCUACCUGUCUGGGCCCAGCACCGGCCUGGCCAACAUGAUAUACUCUGCCUGUCUGGGUCCAGCACCGGCCAACAUGAUAUACUCUGCCUGUCUGGGCCCAGCACCGGCCAACAUGAUAUACUCUGCCUGUCUGGGCCCAGCACUGGCCUGGCCAACAUGAUAUACUCUGCCUGUCUGGGCCCAGCACCGGCCAACAUGAUAUACUCUGCCUGUCUGGGCCCAGCACCGGCCAACAUGAUAUACUCUGCCUGUCUGGGCCCAGCACCAGCCAACAUGAUAUACUCUGCCUGUCUGGGCCCAGCACCGGCCUGGCCAACAUGGUAUACUCUACCUGUCUGGACCCAGCACCGGCCUGGCCAACAUGAUAUACUCUGCCUGUCUGGGCCCAGCACCGGCCUGACCAACAUGAUAUACUCUGCCUGUCUGGGCCCAGCACCGGCCUGAUCAACAGUAGACCCAGGGAAAACAUCAAACAGCUUAAUGCAUGGUCACACACAAUAACCAUGAUGGUGCAGAUGGCCCUUUGGGUUUCAGUGAGGGGGCUGAUCUGUGCUCUCUAUUGGAGCAUGUCUGUGGGCGGCAGGUAGCCUAGCGGUUAGCGCAUUGGGCCAGUAACUGAAAGGUCGCUGCUUCAAAUAACCGAGCUGACAAGGUGAAAAAUAAGUCGAUGUGCCCUUGAGCAAGGCACUUAACCCUAAUUUGCUCCAGGGGCGCCGUACUACUAUGGCUGUAAAACAACACAUUUCACUGCACCUAUCCGUAUGUGACAAUAAAACAUGUUUGUUUUCUGUAGUCAAUCAACACCCACUGGAGUGAUCCACAGGUGGUCUCUCUCUCCACAGGUAGGCAGGACUGGGUGGGAUGCUGGGUGUCUAUGUACUGAAGAAAAAUAAGACCCCUCUUGAUCUGCUUAGGAAGUGUGGGUUGUAGUGUGUUAUGUUAGCACAACUCAAGUGUACUAGUCUGGGGAGUUUGCAGAAUGUGUGUGUGUGCGCAUGUGAGAGAGAGAGAGAGAGAGAGAGAGAGAGAGAGAGAGAGAGAGAGAGAGAGAGAGAGAGAGAGAGAGAGAACACAAACAGAGCCCCAGGGCAGCAAUACAAUAAGACCCAACCAAAUCAUGAGAAAACUAAAAGAUAAUUACUUGACACAUUGGAAAGAAUUAACAAAGAAACAGCGCAAACUGGAAUGCUAUUUGGUCCUAAACAGAGAGUACACAGUGGCAGAAUACCUGACCACUGUGACUGAACCUUUUAACACAAGAAAAGGGCAACCAGUGAAGAACAAACAACAUUGUAAAUACAAGCCAUAUUUAUGUUUAUUUCUUUUCCAAUUGUGCUUUAACUAUUUGCACAUAAUAUGACAUUUUAAAUAUCUUUAUUCUUUUGGAACUUUAAUGUUUACUGUUUUUUUUUAUUUAUUGUUUAUUUCACUUUUGUUUAUGAUCUAUUUCACUUGUUUGGCACAUGUUACAUAAAAAUGUUCCCCUGCCAAUAAACCCCUUGAAUUGAAAUAUUAAUUGAAUUGAAUUGAGAGAGAGAGAAUAGAGAGCAGAGAGAGAUGAGAGAAGAUAGAGAGAGAGAGAGAGAGAUAGCGAGAGACCUCUAUCAUAUCACUCUAUAUAUCCCUAUCACAUACUCUAAACCCUCUCGCGAUCUCUCUCUCUCUCUCUCUCUCCUCUCUCUCUACUCUCUCGGCUCCUCUCUACGUCCCCCCUUUUCUCUUCUGCUCUCUCUCGUCUCUCUCUCUCUCUCUCUGUCUCUCUCCAUAGAGCGACGCUAAAGAGCUCAUAGCGCAGCAUCGCCCGCAGAUCCAUUGAGAUAUAGAUAUACGAAAGAGCUGUAUCAUAUAGAGCUAUUGAUGAUAGAUAGAUUAUCCAUAGUAGAGUUAUAGCCAGAAUAUCUGACUAAUACCUAACAGAUAGCCUAUCUAUUAUAUUAUAUAUUCAUAGUAAGGUAUUCUCUCUCCUCUCUCUCUCUCUCUCUCUCUCGUCUCUCCCGUUCGUCUCUCUCUCUCUCUCAUUCCUCUUCCCUCCUCUACCUUCGCCUUCUCUCAUCUCUCUUUCUCUCAUCGCUCUUCUCUCCCUUGUCUCUCUCUCCCUCUCGCUCUCAUCUAUCCCCUCGCCCCGCUCACAUCUCUCUCGCUCUCUCUCUCUCGCUUUUCUCUCUCUCUCUCUUCCUCUUCUUCCUCUGCUCGCUCUCUCUCUCUCUCUCUCUCUUCUCUUUCCUAUCUCUCCUCCUCUCUUCUCCUCUUCUCUCUCGCUCUCCCUCUCUCUCUCUAUCCCCGCUCUCUCUCUCUCUCUUCUACUCUCUCUUUCUCUCUCUCUACUGUCUCUCUUUCUCUCUCUCGCUCUCUAGCUACUUCUCGCUCUCUCUUCUCUCUUUCCGAUCCUCUCAUUUGCCGGAUUUCCGAUCCCCGGGAAAAAAAAAAAGAAAAAAAACCCCUUUUUUUUUUUUUUCCUUUUUUUUCUUUUCCCCCUUUUCCCCUUUCGUUUUCCCUUUUCCCUUCUUUUUUUUUUGGGGGGGGGGGGGGGGGGGCCCCCCCCCCAAAAAAAAAAAAAAAAACCCUGGGGGGGGGGGGCCCCCCCCUUUCUCCCUUUUUCCCCCCCCCUUUUUUUUUUUUUUUUCCCCCCCCCCCCCCUUUUCUUCUUUUCUUCCCUGCCCCCUUGGGGGCCCAAAAUCUAUUGCCCGAAAAUUUUUUUUUCUCCUUUUUUUUCCUUUUUCCUUCCCGCCCUUUUUUUUUUUUCUUUUCUCUUUUUUUUUCCCUUCCUCCCCCUCCUUUUCUACCCCUCUCCCCUUCUCUUCUCUCCCCCCUCUCCCUCUCCUCCUUCCCCUUCUGCCUCUCCUUUUUCCCCCUCUCUUUUUCCUCCCUUUCCCUCUGUUCUCUUUUUCCUCUUUCGGGGUUUCCCUCCCCCUCUCUCCCUUCUCUCUCCUCUCUCUCUUCUCCCUUUCUUUUCCCCCCCCCCCUCUUCUCCUCCUUUUUUCCCUCCUCCCCCCUCUUUUUCCCUUUUUUUCCCUUCCUUUUUUUUCCCCCCUUUCUUUUCCUUUUUUACUACUACUUCCCAGCCGGGGUUUCCUUUUGGGCUUUUUAGGGCCCCUCGGGCACUGUAAACCAAAACCGUAAAAAUCAUGUUAACAUUCAGAGCCCCUUAAGGGCGAACUGGAACCUCACACACACACACCACACACCAACCCCCCAAACCAAAACACCACACCCCCACAAAUUUUUCCCCUUUUUUUUCUUCCUGCGGGCAAAAACCUUCCCUUUUAUAUUAUUAUAUUUUAUUUUUUUAUUAUUAUUUUUUUUAUUAUUAUUUAGUGCCUUCCAGGGCCAAAUUUGGGGAGGGAGCGCAGGGCUGGACCCGGGGGGUAGGACCAUGUCCAGGGACUCCAGGGACUUAUAAUAAUAAGGGUCAUCUUCCCAUUAUAUCAGUCUACAACAAAACCCCAUCUUAUACCCACUACUACCACCACCCAUAUUAAACCCCACAUUACCUUUAAACCACCAUACCCAAACUUUUUGGGAAUAUAACAACAUAAUAAUGAUAAAACAAUAAGCAAAAACAAUUAAAUAAAGUACGUUACUUUUUAUUAUAAAUUUUAUUAUUCAUGCCCCUCGGGCUAUGGCAGGCAAAUACUUUUUUUGGCUGCGAGGCCAUUGCCCCUUCGCCCAUGAGUAUUUUUAUUUUUUUUCCUCUGGGUUUAAUAAAAAAAAUUUUGGAAAAUGUAGUCAUUUCUGGAUAAUAAUCUCUUUGUGGGAAAUUUAUAAAAGAAAGGAGAAAUGCAUCCCUUUUUCUCCCCCCUGCCCUUGCGUGACCACUAUACCUCCUUUUUUGGUACCCCAUGUCUUUUCAUGUCGCCUUUCUUUCCAAUUAUGUCCUCAGCAUGUACUUGGUAAGAUCGUCUCUUUUUUUCGAAUCCUUUUUACGAGUAGAGUAAUCACCAAUUUUUAUAUUUCUGUUUAGGGGCAAGGGGAUUUAGUCGGGUUUUGGGUUUUUUUUCGUUUUUCCCAAAGUUGUAAAAAUGUCCUUUGAUUGGUCCCGUUCUUAUUUGGGGACUAAAUAGCCUUGGGGUUCUCAAAAGACUCCUCGCCUGGUUCACCAAAUCUUCUCAAUAGAGUUUUAAAUUUCAAAAACGGGGGGCCCCGUUGUCUGGCCCUAUGGGUCUCUAGGGGGGCCACAGGGUUAAAAUUUUUGGGCCGACUCUUUUCUCUGGUUUCAAAGACUCCUCUUGUGCUGGUGCUUCAACCCCCUCUCGCAACACAAACCCUUUUGUAUACAUCUGGGCCCUUUAUUGGACCUGUGUUAACAAACCCCAAACGACUUCAAUGCCCAAAAACACCCUUUAUAGCCUCCAAUCCUUAAAAAAUAAAACUAAAGCUCUCUUCCCCAAACCCAAAGCUGCUUGCCCCCCCCGCCCACCCCCUAGAAUCACUCUCUCGACGGUCUGACCUAGAGUAAAAGUGGAAAACUCAAAAAUUUAGUGUCGGGUUAACUGUAAAAUCUCCUUCCAGACUCACAUUUAAAAAUCCCAAUCCAAAUUAAACUAAAUCGGUUUCCUUUUCGAAAAACCUCCUUCACUCAUGCUCCCAAAAACCCCCGUAAAAUUUUCCCACCGAUCCUUGCCUUUUGGCGAGUCUUUACAAAUAGCCUCCAACCUCUACUCAGCAAAUUGGAUGUUCUACCAUGCCAUCCGUUUUUUCUCCAAAACCCCUAUCACCCACCACUGUGACCUGUACCUCUUUUUGGGUGGGCCUCACUACAUAUUCGCGCCAAAACCCCCUGGGUCCCGGCCAUCUAUAAUCACUGCACAAACCCCCCCGCCUUACUAGCUCAUUGGUCACCAUAGCACCCCCCCCCCUAGUCUGCGCUCCAGCUUACUCAGGUCACCCCCCAAAGCCAAAACCUCCUUUGGCCGCCUUCCCCCCAUUUUUCUGCUGCCAUGACUGGGAAAAAUUGCAAAUCUCGAAAUGGAGACACUUUUCUCCCUCCUACUUUUUAAACAUCAGUUUUCAGGCACCUUACCGCACGCACCCGUACACCCCAUCUGAAAUGAGCCCGCCCCCCUAAACCCCCAUCCCUAUAUUGUUUUUUUUUUGCUAUUUUUUAAACCCCCCUAAACUCUAUUUCACAUCAUCCUUCACACUAUCAUUCCAGUGUUAAUACUAAAUUUUAAUUUUUUUUUUGCACUAUAGCCUUUUAUUGCCUUAACCUCCAAACUUGUACAUUUGCACACACGUAUAUAUGUUUUCUGGUUUUUUUUUUUGACUUUGUUUUUUUUUUACCCCUAUGUAAAUCUGUUUUUUGUUUUUAAACGCCGCUUUUCUUUAUUUGGGCCAGUCGCAGUUUAAAUAGAACUUGUUCUCAACUGGUUUUUUAAAAAAGGUGAAAUAAAAAAAAAAAAAAAUAAAAGCAUGUUUUGUUCAUUGGUUUUCCCCCUUUUAAAGGGGAGUGGGCCCGGUGUCAGUUUUUGGGUUUUGGUUAGGUCCCCCGUUUUGCUGAGGGGCUUGGGUUUUUUUUGGGCUCAGCUUUUGGGGUUUUAAAUUGCUUUCAAAAAAUUGCAACUUGAAUUUGGCUUAAAUUUAAUUCCCAAAAAUGUUAUGAUAUUUUUCUGUAUUUUAUUACUACUGGAAAUGGCCCAAUUUUCUCCCUACUGCAUUGUUUGUUUUUUUUCUCUGGACUUUUUAGAAUUUUCCGACAAAUUCUGCAUGUGGGGGCUUCAAUUGGUUUUGUCCCUUUUUUAAAAGUCCAGUUUUUGAGUGGCCCCCCAAACCUCAUUUCCCGAAAAAGGGCUAUUGGUGGUUACCUGUCAAAUUUUUGGCCCAAAAUUCAAAUUGGGUGUUAUUUUGAAAAAUUUCAUUUUUUUUUUGAUCAAUGCUCUGCGGUUUUUUUCUUUGAGUCAUACCUGCCAUAUUAAAUUUUCCCGAUCAAUAGGUCAACCAGGUAUGUGUAAUUUUUAUUUUUUCAUUAUGGUGUUUUUCAGGGUGAAUUUAUAUUUGUGUUUCUGACAUCUUUUUUUUUUUUUGGAAAACAUAUUUUAUUUUUUUUUAAUUUAUGCCAGGGCCCCCUUAUUGCAAUUUGCUCUAGAAAGUGAAGGUUCUGUUUAAGACCUCUUUGGUUGGGGGAUAGAAGCCAAUCAUCACAUUGCAGUAUUUUACCUCUGUUCAAAUAUGUGGUCCUGGGGCUGGAGAAUUGUCAAACAGUCUGCAAAUUCUUUAUAUAAAUGUUGAAAAGAUUUGGACUAAAAUGCAGCCUUGUCUCACCCCGACGUUUUUUAAAAAAUUAUUUCUUUGGGUUUUUUAUUUUUAUUGCCCAUUUUUUUUUUUGUGUACUACUUUUUAAGUCCAAACACCUCACCAAACCCCCUUUGGGAGAAUUUUUUUACAAUACCCUUCUCCAAAUAAAUCAAAUCUUUUUAAAAUCAUAAGCAAGCAAAAUUUUGCCCUCUUUUUUUUGGUGGGCGUGUUUUUUAAAGUGUUUAAGGUGUAUAUAUGGGCAUAGUGCGAUGGUUAGGGGAAAAACCAAUUUACAUUUACUUUUCAUUUUUUCUUGAAGAAAGGUUUAAUUUUUGAAAUUUAGAUGCUACAAAAACCUUUCCCCCUUGCUGUUUACGCAAAUUCCCCUGUAAUUAUUUGGGGUCUGAUUUGUUCCCUUUUGUGGAUAGGGGGGUGACCCCCGGGUUCCCAAAAUCAGGGGAACAGCCAAGUUAAAACAUGUUGAACAACUUAAGCCCAUUUUGCAACUCAGGUGUGCGUUUUUCAGCAUUUCUUUUUGAUGUUAUCUAGACCACAUCCUUCUUUUUAUUUUAUGAUUUACUUUCUUUAGUUCUUGUUGGGGGUUUUGGGCUAAGGAUUUUUGGUUGUUUUUUUUGACCGUUCAAAGGGUGUUUUAAAUUUUUUCUUGAAUUUCUAAUUGGUUUUUGUUUAAUCUUUUUUUGGGGUUUUUUAUAGAUUAUCAAAAAAAGUUUUUUCCCAAAAAAACCUUUUCUUGAUGGCUAAAUUUUUGGGCUUUUUUCACUUAAAAUUUUUCCACAUGUCCCCAAAAUGAUUUUGGUCAAUUUCGCUUUCAAUUUCAUCAAGUGUUUUUCUUCCGUUUCAUGUAUUUUAUUCUCUCUCUCUCUCCUCUCUCUCUCCCUCUCUCCCCCCUCUCUCCUCUCUCUCCCCCUCCCCCCUCUCUCUCCUCUCUCUCCUCCCCUUUUUCUCUCUCUCUCUUCUCCUUUUUCUUUGUGCAGUACAUUCCUAAGCCCCCUUUGA